AUGUCUGAACUACCAACACGAUCUUAUAUGGACGAUCCAGAUAUCAAAUGGAAAUCAGAAAAGCCUAAUUAUGAUUUGGUCAACGCAAAAUAUAUGAAGGAAAAGAAGUCAAAUCACCCCGUUGACUCGCUUGAGAAACUUGUGGAAAAUGCGACGAAAACUUGGGAAAUGGAAAGUACACAUAAAACAGAUCUAAAAGAUUGGGGCUCCAUAGCUGAUAAAGAUACAUUUAAAUUUGUUGUAAAUGGCAACUAUGAGUUCAGUGCUGAAGAUAAUGUUAAUCUCGGCAACUACCAGAUGCUUCUUUCUGGCUGCCCGUUGUAUAAUCUCAAGGCACACACAUUUGAAACUUCACACGCCUUAUUCAAGAAAGCAUUUAACGAAGGAUUCGCAUGGGAGCUCCUAGAAUUAUUUUCUGGACCUCCAAAUCUUGUUUUUACCUGGCGACACUGGACAAACUGGACGGGUAAACUUGGAAAUCGCGAACCAACAAAUGAGCCUAUUGAGAUGACAGGCAUGGCAAAAGUUGUUGUGAACGACGACGUUAAAAUCGAAUCUAUUGAAGUAUUCUACGAUCCAAAUCCUAUGAUGGCCAAACUACUUGGACUUGAGGAACAUGGAAACAAAGAUUUUCCACUGCCAGCUGAUAUUUGAACUGUAUGACUUUUGUAACAUGCAAUAUUCUUAUUGAACAAUAUAAUGUGCUCCCAAAAGUGCAAAAUAAAAUGGCGUAUUUUAGCCGA